AGCAUGGGAAAGGACAGUUCUUCCCGAAUCCGUAGUAUAAGAUCCGAAGGGAAUGCAAUUUGGGCCCGUUUUAAUCCAUUUUAGCUCAUAAUGGUUGGAUGGUUGGAUCAUCUCCACGAGAAAAGACACCUUGAAGAUUCCCAUUACAGGUCCCCCGCCACAACUUUAUCAUAAAUCAUUUUGACAUGGUAGUCUACCUACUCGGUGGUCUUUUAAAAAAAUGCGUCUGUGGCAACCAACCGAGUGUACAGUAAAGGUACCGGUAGCUACGAGAGCUCUACGAGAGCUUCUAGAGUGUGUAAUUUCCAAUUUCCUUGAAGACCCGUGACUCCUGACUCCUGACCUGGUGGAUCGAAAGCGAAGCUCGAUGAAGCCAUCAAGAGAACUGCGUUAUUCCCAAAGGUGCUCCUUGGUUGCUCCAAUAGCCUUUCCGCUGUUCAUGGCUUCAACAAGAGAAAGCCCGACAUAAGGCAUAGAAUGAUCGAUGAAGGCUACUGUACAGAGGACGACCAAUGCGAUCCCCUCCUGACUUUUAGAAGUGGGAGUUGAGAGUGGGGCCCACUAGCUGGCCCACUCAAGUCAUAAAAUAAUCAUUGGCUUGCUGAAAACUCGGAAUCUGCGAAGAGCAGGAAUCGAGGAAACGAAGGUGGAUCCCGUUCAAAACUACGCAUCAGAGUUGACCCAAGAAACCACAUCACAAACAAAUCAAAAACCACAACUUAUCACAAGGACCGAUUGAUGUCAGGGCAAUCUUGUGUGGGAACCGAAGCUGCCACAUCUAGCCAGAUUGGCAAUCCCAAGUUUCGUCCCAUUCGACUCAUUAAACUGAUGAAAGCAACAGAGUAAGAAAGUAAACCAAGACGAGCGUAAGACCAACAACCAACUAGCUAGGAGGCCAAUGUUGCGCGACAAGGCAGAGACUGACAGUAGCAUUUACAAGAAUCAAAGAAAGAGUCUACCAGCAGAGAUCGUACCAUUGCGUAGACUUCAAGAAAUGGAUUCUGGAGACGGUGGCAAAGAUGAGAUACCCACCAAACAGAGUAAUGAUGCCGCGAGCAACCCUGACAUGUACCCUGGGUUUGGUAGGCUAUUCUCUCAACAACUACGCAACAACGCCGUAAUAAGAGGCGAUGGCUUCGAGUCAAUCAACUCUCCAGACGAAGGCAACGAGUACGUCGACCAGAAGAUUGCACCAAAUCAGGAAGAGCGAAAGGUGGCGGCAUGCCUCAAGAAGCCCCCGCCGGAGAACCGAAAGCGCCGUCGUCCCAGCGAGGAGCACGAGUCAAACAACCAUACGAAGCAACACCGAGAGAAGAGUCAAGUGCAUCACGAGUACCAUGAUUACUCAGGCUUGUCAGGGGACUUUGUGCUUCCAGCUUUGAAACAGAAAGGUCGGGGAGGAGUCAGUUCCAUGUUUCCAACUGUCUUGCACCACAUGCUGGAUGAAGCCGAACGCCAAGGGUUCUCCCACAUUGUUUCAUGGCAACCCCACGGGCGUGCAUUUCAUGUACACCUUCCUGAGAGGUUUGUGGCUGAGGUGAUGCCCAACUACUUCCGACACACCCGCCUCUCGUCCUUCCAACGACAACUCUCCUUGUACGGAUUCACGAGGUUGGCAAGAAAAGGUCCUGACCGCGGCGCCUAUUAUCAUGAGUGCUUCCUUCGAGGCCUUGUCCACCUAUGCACAAACAUUCAACGAACGAGAGUGAAGGGGACAAUGGUUCGACAGUCUUCUUCCCCCGAGACUGAACCUGACUUUUCGGUUUUACCACCAGUGGGAGUGGACCACGCAAAGUCUACCAGCAGCUUGUUUUCCGCCAGGGGGUUGCAAGUUGCAACCGUUGUUGCCAACAGGCUGGAUUCGGGCAAAACAGAGGGCCAACACGGCAAUGCUAACCAUGCAACGUCCGCACCACAGCUCGCUUACAACGACAUUAUGCUACGCAAUCUGCAGGAUCCACCCAGAAGUGCGCUACCAACGAGCCAAGAUCCUUUCGACCUCAAGGAUAAGAGAGCGCGAUCUGAGAACCUGAGGAACGAAAUGUCGCAGCCACCACCGCCAGCCCCGCGGGCAUGGGGGUCGAAGUAUAUGCGCCAUUUGCUAACCCGCACCCUGACACCACAAGGGGAACAGCAGGAAGGCUCGAACCAGGAAGGGAACGCGGAGGAAACUCAGCCAUCCAAUCCAGAAACGGAGGUUGGCUCUCAAGGCUCAGGUGGCUCUUCCAAGUCUCAUGCCAAAAUCGACGCCGAGUCAGACUUGGCUGUGUUUCUCGAAGAGGUCGACUUGGACACUGACGAAGACGAAUGUUUAGAGAGCGAAGAAGCAAUGGCUCGAAUCCUUGAGCAAGAAGUGAACCAAAUAUCCGAGGUAUAGAUGACGGUCCGAGGGGGGCGUGGCACGAUUGCCACUCCAGCGGCGACAUGCUGUUUAGAUGAUCACGGUCUUGUCCGGGCUAGAAGCCUGGUGACUGCACAUGGUCAAGCAAGAAACUCAGUAGCUAAAAGACGACAGAAUAGAUAGAACCAUCAUUACUUGUAGU